AUGUCUACAAAAAGUAACAGACAGAUCCUGACAAGGGGGAAAAACUAUGCUACUAAGCAGGCGAAGAAGUUUGGGGCAGAUGAAGUUAGCUUCAAUAAGGAUUCGAGGUUGGACUACUUGACUGGCUUCCAUAAACGUAAGUUAGAGCGGAAGAAGAAGGCUCAGGAAUUUAACAAAGAGCAGGACCGUCUUGCUAAGAUUGAGGCAAGGAAGAAGGCAAAGGAGGAAAAAAAGAAGCAGAUGGACGAGGAUAUGCGUCGUUUCAGAGAAUCUUUGCAGAUACAGCAGGAUAUAGAGGAGAACGUAAACGAAGGCGAUGGGGACGCUAGCGACAGCUCAUGGCACGGGUUUGACGAUGAAGCUGAGGGUAAAAGCUGUCAAGGGGAUGCCAGCUCGGAGACCGAUAGCGUUAAACCAAUCCUUAAACGGAACCUCACAGCCGUCUACGAUAACGAAACCACAGUGGAGAUAGAAACUUUGGAGCCAAACGAAAACUUUGAAUACCUGGCACAGAUCAACAACGUCAAAUUGGAGAAAGCAGAGGACGUAUUGAACGAAAGUGUUACAAGGGCCAAGAAAUACGCAAAGUUCCUCGGUAUGGCGGAUGCUGAUGAAGAUAACAAGAAAAAGAAGAAGCAGAAGAAGUUUAGAUAUUUGACGAAAAAUGAAAGAAAGGAUAACCAAAGAAAAGCUUACAACAACAAACACAGAAGGUAG